ACACCAGUGGCUGAAAUGUCUCCCUUGUUGAUUUCUCCUUUGUUUCUCCUGCAGCUUUUGAAGACCUAUUGGCUGGAUAACUUUGCAAAAGACUCUGUCAACCCUGGUGUGGUGGUGCUGCUGGGCUGCGGAGCCCUGUCCAGCACCUGUGGGCAGCUGGCCAGCUAUCCUCUGGCUCUGGUGAGGACUCGCAUGCAGGCGCAAGCCACCACAGAGGGAGCCCCGCAGCUCAGCAUGGUUGGCCUUUUUCAGCGAAUAGUCUCCAAGGAAGGAGUGUCAGGACUUUACAGAGGCAUCACCCCAAACUUCAUGAAGGUGCUCCCUGCCGUGGGCAUCAGCUAUGUGGUGUAUGAAGACAUGAAGCAGACGCUAGGAGUAGCUCAGAAGUGAGCGGUCCCAGCCUUUGCUUUUCCACGAUGACCGAGGCUGUAGUGCCCCCCAGUGACUCCUGGGAUUGCAGCAAGUCUAUCACAAAAGAAGCUGAUUUCCCCGCCAAAGUCCUGGAAGAAUGUAGGGUGAUCGCCUCAAGCCUUUGGGUUCGGUUUUGUACCUUCAGUAAUGUUCUGAAUCAUAGUUUUAGUGAAGAAACCACAAAAUUGUACUUUAUUUUUGCUGAUAGAGAUCUCUGCCCUACACCAGAUCUGAAAAUGCACUGGCUUACGCUGAAAUCAUUUUGCGUGGUAGGACGAUAAAUCAUCAACCUUUGUUCCCA